GACGCGUCACAAAGCAUCAGCGCGCGGCCUCAGCACCGGGUCCAGCUGGAGCAAGGGGCUCUACAGGGCCUCUUCGGGUAAAGAAUGGCAUUGCCUGGGCUGGAGGCUCCACACACGUCUCAGUGUUGCUGCCAGGAAAUUUCACCAACAGGUGAUACCAACUGGGAUUCCUAUGCCACCACGAUGAAGACUGCAUUCACACCCAAGACAGGAGCAGUGCCUGCCUUGAUUCGUCAAAAAAGUAUCAGAAGAUUAGGAUAUACAUACUCACUUAGCGACCCUAUUCCCAAUCAGACACAGUACAAUGAUGAGUAUGUUUGGAAAUCAUAUUCUAAAGAAGAUUUGAUCAAACCUGGGACUUCAAGAGGAAUCAAGAACCACAAAUCUCACUACAUUCAAGACUGCUUUCUCUGGACACUACCUCGAGGUCGAUCAGCAUCAGUCAAAAACUACUUCCCUUGGAAAAUUGAUGCUUCAAUGGAAGAGGUCAAGAAGGCAAUAGCAAAUCAGUUUAUUUCCCACACUAAGAGAGACUUUGUGGACAGAACAAAAGCUGAGAAGAUUAAGCAAAGAUCUCAGAUGUCUCCAGAGUGGAAAACAUUAAUUCCGCAACCUGCAGACACCGAAUUUCGACGGAACUACCAAAUUCCAGCUAAAAUUCCUGAGUUUCAGGAUUUCGCUUUCAGAUAUGGAUGCUAUUCCAGCCUUCCAAAUAUUUCUCGGGGUAUAGUACCUUCUGUGCUCCACAGCCACAUGAGGAAUCAAGAGCUCACAAAGACACAAACUAUAUACCAAAGUGAUUAUGGGAAAGACUACCUGGAUUUCUUAACACUUUUGAAAGCAUUCCCUCCCUCUCAAGUCCAAGAGUACCUUCACAGUGUUUCCUGCAAAGACAGACAAAUUCUUGAUCGUUUUAUUCGCUCUCACAUUGACAUUGACGGAGAGACAAGAUGAAAAAAAGAAAAUGAAGAAAAGAUAUAACUCACUGGAAGUGUUAGGCCUUGCUGAGCCAUUUUCUCAAUAAUCAAGGAAAAAUAAGAUGGCAAUUGUUCCAAAUAUGUUUUGAUAUUCAUGAGUUUGUGCAAUUUUAUUUUAUUUUUAAACACUAAAAUUGUAUGUCUAUAAAUUCUUCCCUUCCCCACACCCCAACACAGCUAUAUAGCUUUACAGUAGGUUUUGCUAUAAGGUCUUUAACUAUUCUCUUUUGGAUACUUAAUUUGUGGUUUCAAUUUUUAUUUCCUCUUGGAACCAGGAAUAUUGUGGAAGAGGUUUCUUAAUUUUCCAAUAAUUUGAGAAGUUUAAAAACUUUUAUUGUUGACUUUUUGUUUAAAAGUAAAAAAAGGUCUCUGCACUGGGAAAUUUAACAGUUUUCUUUAAGGCCAACUAUAUGAUUAAUUUGUGCAUUCCAUGAAUAAAAGUGAAAAAUGUUAACCAGUUUAUUACAUUUUUCAACUCCUUUAUCUUCACCUCCUCUUUGCCUUCAUUGUAUAUGAGCUGUCAAGUUCUGAAAUAAUAUUAAAACAUCCCCAAAUAAAAAUAAUUUCA